GGAGCUGCUUACCAGAGCUGCUCAAAUGCCAUGUGAUUGCCCGAUCCACAAGGAGACUGCCCUCACCUCCCUUAACCCCAACCAUUCUAACCGGUUUCACCGGCUUACUGUGGCUUUAGCAUUACAGUUAAUGUAGGGCAUAGCUGUUUGCUCGUCUGCCUGGUGGUUUAAACCAGUAAACCCAAGCUGUGACUUUUAGUUGUGUUGGUUUGCUGCGCUCUGACACCAUCUCUGUAUGUCCACGAUGAGGCUGAGAUCAAGGAGUAGAGAAAGAAGGGAGAGACAAAGAUAGGAAGAGGUGAAAUUCGAGGUGAGUGAAAUGAUUCCAAAGUCAGGAAAAUCUCCGGCAGACUCGAGGAAAAGUGUCGGGAUCCAUGAAUUUGCAGCACUUGCCAGGUCCUCCUUAAAUGGUAUCUCUCAGGCAAUGAAGGACCAUGUAACAAAGCCCACCUCCCUGGCUCAGGGCCGGGUCGCCCACCUCAUUGAGUGGAAAGGUUGGCCCAAACCUGCAAACCCACAGCCAGCCGCCCACUUUAGCUCCUACUGCCACCUGACUGAAGGAGAGAAGGAGGCCCGGUUUGCUGCAGGAGUGGCUGAGCAGUUUGCCAUCGCUGAGGCUAAGCUGCGUGCCUGGGCUUCUAUAGAUGAUGACGACGGGGAAGACUCAAACGAUGAAGACUCCCACACCAACGGACAGACUCAAACCGCCUCCAGCCAGAACGCAGACGUCGCCACGUCCAAUCCUAUCAGCGGAGUGCCAUGCCAGCCUGAAGUUGAUGGCGGCGAGGCACCGCCCUCCGACAGCAGCAGCAGGGGCAGGCUGCUCUGUGGUAGGCCUGCAUCUUACAAUGACCCACAUUCAUCCCAGACCAAUUCACCUACUUUAGCCAGCGACUGCAUGAGUCCCUUCCUGGAGGAGGAAGAGGAGGGAGAGAGGCUGGGUGGUCACGUGGAGCAGCCGGCCCUUUUGCAGGAGCAGUGCAGCGAGGUCUGCAUCCACAACAAGCCUGAGUGGAGGCCUCGGGCCAGGAGCAGCAGGUUUGACUCCUGCUACUCCACCUCUCACUCUGAGUCUCCUGGAGAGGAGGACGAGGAGGAGGAAGAGGAGGAGGAGGGCAGCGUGUUUCAUGAGUUUCGAGCGUGGCAUUCCAGCCGGAGAAGCUUCUUCUCCGACCGGGCUUCCUCUGGAGUGGCGUCCUUCGAUGAAGAGGAGAGAGAUGAAGUAGAGGAGAAGAAAGAGUAUUUGAUGUGAUGUGUCGUCCAUCUUUAUGUCUCUUUGAGUCCGUGUUGAUUCUGGAUAUGACAUAAUCUAUUUUCACUGUAAACCUCUCUCCACCUCCUCCUCUUCCUCUGAUCAUCUCUUCUCGACUCGUUGCCUUCUGUCUCUCAUCCUCCAGGCCUUUCAUGUACUGAUCGAGCUAGAUCUGUUGUGUGUG